ACUUUUUUACUGUGUCACAAACAACACUGGAUUUACAAAGAAUGGGAGAGGCCCUCAAAUUCGACGUGAUAAUCUUAGGAGCAUCAGGUUUCACCGGCAAACAUGUCCUCAAAGAAGCUCUCAAAUUCCUCAACAACAACACUUCAACAUCAUCAUCAUCAUCUCUCAAUUUCAAAUCCAUAGCCAUAGCGGGUCGCAACCCUUCAAAACUCACCCAAACACUCCAAUGGGCAACCCGACCCGACCCGACACCAAAAAUCCCCCUCCUCGCCGCCAACACUGCCGACCCGGAAUCCCUCCGAGCCCUCUGCGCCCAAACCCGCCUCCUCCUCAACUGCGUCGGACCCUACCGCCUCCACGGCGAGGCCGUCGUCGCCGCCUGCGUCGAAACGGGUUGCGACUAUCUCGACAUAACGGGCGAAGCAGAGUUCAUGAACCGGGUCGAGCGAAAGUACCACGAGAUUGCACUAAAGAACGGUUCUUUGGUGGUUUCUGCAUGUGGGUUUGAUUCGGUUCCCGCUGAAAUGGGAGUGUUGUUCAAUUCGAGGCAGUGGGUGAAUCGGGCCGUGCCGAACCGGGUCGAGGCUUAUGUGAGCUUGGAAUCGGAGAGAAGGAUCGUUAUUAACUAUGGGACCUUUGAGAGUGCGGUUCUUGCUGUGAAAGAUGUGAUGAUGGAGUUGGGAUGGUCCAAACCCACAAGAACAAGGCCUGUGAUUCCUGGGCCCUCACCGAAAGGAGAAAUAAUAGAACACCAGAAGAAAAUUGGUCUUUGGGGAGUAACGAUACCUUCAGCAGAUUCAACUGUUGUUGGAAAAACACUUUCAAGUCUAACAGAAAACCCCCAUGGUCUCCCUGGGAUGAAUGAGAGUGCUGAAAUAGUAGAGAAAAGGAAAGCCUUUUGGUCAUCUGUAAAGCCAGCUCAUUUUGGUGUGAAAUUUGGCUCAAAAUCUUUGUUACACAUUGUUGGACUUAUAAUGUUUGGAAUAAUCAUUGGUCUUUUAGGAAGUACCUCUUUUGGAAGAUGGCUUCUUUUGAAAUAUCCUUCCAUCUUUAGUCUUGGUGGGUUCAGCAAGAAGGGUCCUUCUGAAGAGGAGGUGGAAAGUGCUUCAUUUAAGAUGUGGUUUGUUGGACAUGGUUUUAGCAAUGAGAGUCUUGCUGCACAGGGAAACACAAAACCUGACAUGGAAAUCAUAACAAGAAUAAUGGGACCUGAAGUUGGUUAUGUAACCACACCAAUAAUUCUGAUUCAGUGUGCUCUCAUUCUUCACAGCCAAAGAAACAACCUACCAAAGGGAGGAGUUUACCCUCCAGGGAUUAUAUUUGGUCCAACCGAUCUUCAGGAAAGACUUCAACAAAAUGGAAUAUCUUUUGAUGUCAUCUCAAAGAGCACCCUUUCUUCUUGACUGGUUUUUUCACUUUGUGUUCUUAAUCCUUCAUUUUGUUUUUUCAGUUCAUCAAAGCAGGCAAACUCCUAAAAUUUUGCUUUCAGUUCAUUAUUAAGAAUCGCCAAUCUUAACAAAUUUUAGAACAAUGCAUGACAUCUUUCAUUUUGUUAUACAAAGAGCAAAAGUUGAAGAUUUAUGUUUUAACAUUUUCAGUUAAGGUAUGGUGAGACAAGAAAAGAGUACUCUGAUGUAGUGUGGGACAAGAAGAAAAGGAUAAAAAUUUUUUUGAACACUACUGGAAUUAAAAAGCUAACAGACAAUACAAAGUUUGGGGCUCGACACCCCCAUCAAAUCCCUUCUUAAAAGGGUGUUACACAUUUGCGGAGGCUCAUGCAACACAUGCAGGUAAGUAGCAGUGACCCAUUGCUGCAAGUUUGUCAGCAACCAUAUUU